UAUAUUGUCACGAGAGGGCAAGAUCAUGAAGAUACCCAGACUGAGUCCCAGCUGAAGUGGAGGAUGACGUCACACUACGUCACCUCGCCGGCCGCCUACCCUGGGGCUCGGGAGUAUCACGUGACGUGUAGCAGCCCUGGGAUUGGUGGCGGAACAGUUUGGGAGACAGAGUGGCGGGAGAACACUGGUGAGGGAAGAAAGCCCGCGCGUCGCCGACACUGCCUCCUGUACUUGUAUGUGCCUUUGUGAGCUGGAGCGAGGCGUCAAGAAGCCUUCCGAGGGUCGACAAGAGGCCCGGGGUGCCGAGCUACAGCAUAGGACUACUGUGUAGUGUGAGCAACGGAGAAUAGAGGGCCAGAAGCCACAAGUGUGUUUUACUACUCGCCUUCUGAGGGGAGCCAGGGGAGAACACGGAGCGCCGCAGGGUAAGUUCACCGUCACGUAUGCAGGAAGCACCGGACCCUAAAAGUGUAAGUGUGACUGCCCACGGGGUGGUGAAGUUACAGUGGUGUCAGGAUCGUGGGAUGAGUUAAGUGCUAACUGUGUGCGUCGCGGUGUGUUACCGAGUGUGCGUGUGUAUUGGACAGGGGAGGCGAGCAGCGGUGGUACGGGUAACGUACUUGUGGAUCGCAGCGGGCGGGCGGACGGUGCAGUGUGUUUUGCCAUGGUAAGCUGCGUGUUGUGUUAAGUUACGGUGCCUUACAGUAAUUAAGUCAGCAUGGCGGCGAAAGAAAUCACACUAGCGGAUGUUAUGAGUGCCCUGAAGGCGCAGGGAGAGGUACAGCAUGCUGAGUUGCAAGCGGUGACGAGCAGUGUAGACCGUGUAUUUAAGGAGGUUAUGGGGCUCGUGAAGGAGGAGUGUUCACGGGUUAAAGACGAGGUGUUAAGUGAAGUGUUCACCAAGGAUCAGGUGAAGGGAGAGGUGGAAAAAGCGGCCAGUGAACUGAGAAGAUAUGUGGAUGAGGUUGUGGCGGCACAGGCGCCUCCUGUACUCUCUCAGCAUAAAGGCACGCUGUUCCGGUCAAGUGGGCGUGCUUGUGAGACUGAGGGGGGGAGUGACGAAGGGGAGGAGGAUAAUAGUUGUCACGGAAGCCUAAACAGCCUUUCUCCAUUGGCCAAGGUGAUACCGUCUCCCCUACGCUCUCCUGUAAACGUCUUAUCACCUCCACCAUCCCCGCUAGCCUCAGUAAAGUCGUACCCCUCUGCUGCCAGCUCCACGUCACGGAGGCUGAAGGACGGGACGAGGCGCCGGCCACAGGAGUUCGAUGGAACAGUGUCUUGGGAAGCGUAUAAGACACAGUUCGAGCUCUUGGCCAGUGCCCGCCAGUGGAGUCGCCCUGAGAUGGCCAUGCAGCUGGUGUGGGCACUCAAAGGACCGGCAUUAGAAGUCUUGAACCAGCUGCCAGCUGCCCAGCGGUGCUCGUAUAGUAAAGUGACGGCGACACUGGAGAGGAGGUACGGGUACCAGCACCAAACCGAGGUGUUCAGGACAAGGUUCCGGGCCAGGUUACGAGGCCCGGGGGAGACCCUGACACGCCUGGCGCAGGAUUUGGAGGUGCUGGUGCGGCGUGCGUACCCGGAGGCCAGUGAGGAGAUGAUCACCAUUCUCCUGCGGGAUCAGUUCGUUGAUGCCAUCGAUAACCAACAACUGAGGAUAUACGUCCAGCAGGCACACCCCAAGGACCUUCAGGAGGCCCUGGCGAGGGGCCUGGAGAUGGAGUCAUUUCUCCGGACGACGCGGGAGCGACCCAGCGGGAAUUAUGUCCCGCAGAGAGUGAAGGCAAAGAAAGGGGCCGUGCGGAAGGCCUACUCUAGCCCUUCACCGCCCCUAGGUGAGUUCAGGGGUAAGUGCUACUCUUGCGGGCAGCAGGGGCACACCAAGAGGUACUGCCCGCAGGGAUCGAGUAGCAGAAAGGCUGUCAACGGCAGAGCAGGGCAGUACCAGUACAAACCCUGUUGUUGGAACUGCGGUCAGGGGCACAAGAUGGCAGAGUGUGCCCUCAUCUCUCCCAGGGAUAGCAAGGAGGCUGGGGGAAACGGAAAGAGGCUGGUGGAAGGGGUCGAGCGCCAGCCAGAGAGCCAGAGACCCCAGUCCGCCUAAGUUGCCGCGCCGAGGGUGCCCGGACAGUGCAGGUGGGCGGGCAAGUGGAUGGCAAAUCUUGCUGCCUCACUGUGGACUCGGGCGCGGAACGUACCUUCGUGCAGGACGGGGUGGUGGCAACUGGACAGCCCCCGGUGGCCCAGCAACAAC